UUUUUGUAUUUAGCUACACUUGGGCCAUGGUUACGUCUUUUGGCUACGCCACGCUAUGCUGCCUCACCCAACCUGGCAACAAUGUUCACGCGCAAGUCGCGACGCCGAAACCAACUUUUAAUGCUUGUUGUCAACGGCUCCACCAAUUUUAGAAAUUGUGUUAGUUCAAACCAAAGAAAAGCGAAAUGUCGGCGGACGACGGCAGUCAGGCGUGGCCCACGCCGAGCUUCAACAGCCAAGAGACACCGGCAGCGGGCGACGCGGACUUACGGGGAUCGAACGAGAACACUACAUCGUCGGGAGCCGGUACCUUUCUGCAGCCGCACGCACCCAAAUUAAGCCUAACGACGACCUCGUCCGUGGUCUCGGAAUCGACGGCCCCGCCGCUACCGGAGCAGCUCUCCGACGCCGGUGCGGUAGACGCGGGACGACCAGGGACAACCGCCGAUGGCGUCGCCGUAUUCGAAGAGGACACGCGUAGCUCUUGGAACCUGGAGCCGUCGGGGUCUGCGACGCAGGCGGGUUCGACGGCGCCCAAAGAAGACGAAGCUGUCGUAGACGAGCGCGAGCCGUCGGCGUCGUGCGGCGCCGGUGAUGGCGCGGAAGAAGCGCCGUCCGCCAAGUCGGCCGCGGCGUCGGACUCGAGCGGCGAGAACCGGGAGCGCACGCCGGUGGUGAGCUUCGCGCCGACCGUGGUGGACUGCGACUCGCAGAACAGCGGCAGCAGCGUCAAGAGCAGCGGCCGCAAGCGCUUCUCGGACGACGAGGUGACGUCCGAGGCACCCACCACCAUCACGGCCGACAAGCUGUUCGAGUACCACUGGCCGCAGGACUGCGGCGAUGCCUACAUGCUUCAGGAGCAGGUGUGCGAGUUCUUAAAUGUCAAGUCAUUCAAGCGAAAACAUCCUGACCUCGUCCGAAGGCCUGUCGAAUUCGAUGAAAAGGAGUUUCUCAAGGAGCACGGUGUGGUGACAAUGACUAUGUGUGACCUCGGACUGACCGCUCUUCGGGCCGACGAUGUGGUUGACCUGUUCAUGCGUGACUACCCCGAAAAGUAUCAGGAGUACGUGAACUACAUUCGUGAGCGUGACAAGCAGAACACUGUGGAGAAGCACCGUGGCUAUUCUGCCGUGUCGAUUGAAAAGUGCAAGAUGGCGGACUUCGUUCGCAAGGCGGUUGCAUCCACGGCAGAGUACAACAAGCACCUCAACGAGGAACGCCGUGAGGAGCGGCGUUCCUGCUUUGAUCUCCAGACAUUCACAAUCCAGUACCCUUUGAAAAAGAUACCAAAGGUCGAAGUAAUGCCUGCCAACCGGCGCCGGUACCCCGUCGCGUUGAUACCAGGGCAGUACCAGGACCAUUACCGGGUUUACACUCCGCAGGAGCUCAAGUAUUUGCCGAUAAACACUGUUCUCUACGGGCCACCCCAGGAGAUUGGCUCCGUCUACACGCACCCCGGUUCGGACGGAAGCCAAUCCGAAUCCGAAGACAGCUCGGGUUCGGACUCGGGCUCCUGCAGCAGUUCGAGUGGCGGCAGUUCGCCCGCAUCCGACAUGGACACGAGCACCGCAACGGGGCCCAACUUCUGCAAGGUCUGCGCCAACGCAGAUGUGUCAAAGGAGGGUGAAGAGCUCAUAUCGUGCUCCGAGUGUGGGAAAGUCGGUCACGUGACGUGCCUCGACAUCUUGCCCGAGAUGGCGGCUGCCAUCAAGUCGUAUCGGUGGCAGUGCAUGGACUGCAAGAUGUGCAACGUCUGCAUGGCGACCGACAACGAGGACAAGAUGAUGUUCUGUGACAGGUGCGAUCGGGGUUACCACAGCUUCUGUGUGGGCAUGAAGUCCGUGCCCGCGGGCCGGUGGAUCUGUCGGCUGUGUGGUCGGUGUGCGACAUGCAACACCAACACGCCGGGCCCUGAGGGGCCCCGGGUUCAGUGGCAUCACGAGUACGGGAAGGGUCCCAGUCCUGUGGACCACAAGCGGAGUAUGACCAUCUACUGCCAGAGCUGCUAUCGGCAACGGAAAGGCCGGUGACGAAGACUGAAGUGUUGCGAGCCUCUUGUUCGCGCUGUGUUAUAGUCAAUAAAUGAGCCCGGACUCGGUUUUUAUUUGUAAGUGAA